AUGUGCGGCAAGAGCAGCACCCGAGGGCUUGGCUGCGUAUACCUUGUGCACGUGUGGUUUCAAGACAAGAUCAAAAAGAGCACGGCGCCACAUGCCAAGGUGCUAGCCCCAAAGGACGUACAUAUUAUUCCUUAUCCUCCCAGAGAUGAUGCCAAUGAUCUACCAGUUUAUACGCGCGAGAGCACUUUGGUGGUGUAUCCAUCCUUCGAGGCUCAAACGCUAGAGCAAUUUAGCGCCGAAAAACUUCGAGACAUCUGUACUCUUGUCUUUAUCGAUUGCCCCUGGCAGAAAGCUCCCGUGAUUUUGAACAAUCCGGCCAUUGCCACUUUGCGUCACGUAAAGCUAGCCAGGCCACCGAAAGAAAGCAACUUUUGGCGUUAUCACAAGGCUGGAGCAGGAUGUGUAUCCACGAUUGAAGCUAUACAAUUGAUGCUUGAAGAGUACGCUGUUGCUGCGAAGAAUGCAGGUAUCGAGUUGACGGACCGUGCAGAAAACUCACACUUGUCGGAUCUACUCUUCUUUUUCAAUCUGCAAUUUACUCAUAUCAGCGAACAUUUUGAGGACGAUGCAAACUCAGAGCGAAAGCCGCCAAUGGACGCCGCUGAGAAGGAGCGUCGGCGCAUGAUGUGUAGUCAAAAGGAGAAGGGUAAAAGACGUAAAUUCGAGAACAGGCUGCAGACAUGGAACGCACGUUCCGCUGCAAUACAGGCAGGCGAACAGCCACCGUUAACAGCGCAAAGCAAGCGCCACCGUCGGUGCUACAAUUGCAAAGGAGACGAUCAUCACUCAAAAGACUGUCCACAGCCGUGUCGUUACUGCGGACAAAAUGGCCAUUUUAGCGCUAACUGCAGUAUGAAACAAGCUGCUUACGAGCGCGAGAUGAAGUAUCAGCAAACACCUCGCACAAAGGCCUUGUAA